AUGGUAUUAUCAAGCAGGUUCAUAUAUAAGAUUGCUUUGAUUUCACUUUCAGUUACCCGAUGGAGCAAAUGGUCUAGUUGGGGUGACUGUAGUGUAACUUGUGGUGGUGGUAAACAGGCCAGAUCUAGAACGUGUUCUGACUCCAGUUGCUCUGGAAGUUCAAAAGAAACUAAAGACUGUAGUCAAUCUCUUUGUCCAGGUCAGUGUGUAUGGGACCAAUGGUCUAAUUGGGAAGCGUGUAGUGUAACUUGUGGAACUGGACAGAAACGAAGAACAAGAAAAUGUCUCAAUUCAAAAGAUAGUAGAGAUUGUAAAGGAAAUGAUAAACAAACUGAAAUAUGUUCUCUUACGGAUUGUCCAGGUAUGAUUCUUUCAAAAUCAAAUGAAAACCGAAACGUUACAGAAGAAGCUGCUACUUGA